AUGCAACUCAAAGCUGAUCUACGUUCCGAAGACCAUGAUAGCAAGAGAUACGUGCGCGAACUCGAAGCGUUAGCUAAGUUUACGCAAGGAAAAUAUGCGCGUCACUUUGUGAGAACAUACGGUUGGUAUCAAGAUGGGGGCUGGCUCUACAUUUGCAUGGAGCACUGCAAGCACUUGGACCUUGGAACCUACCUGAGAACUCAUACUACUGUGUCAGAAGAUACAGCCAAGGCGAUUGCUCUGCAAGUCCUCCAAGGGCUGUCUAAAAUGCAUAGAAACUCGUUCGCCCAUAGAGACCUAAAGCCCGCCAAUAUUUUGAUACACCACAAACCCCCGGAAGACGAUGAAUGGUGGGUGGUACUUGGCGAUCUCGGACUUAGUCGACGCAGUGGCACCUCCUCAGGAACGACCACCGUUCGGGGCACACCGAGUUUCAUGGCUCCAGAGACUAUUGGUAAGCCCUUUAUGGGUAACCCGAAGGAUGCAGACCCUUACAGUGCCGAUAUGUGGUGUUUGGGAGAGACGAUAUCAUAUGCCAUAACAGGACAUCAUACAUUUUCGGACGAUCAUCUCCUGCAGUACCAAGAACGCCGCAUCGGCUUCCCUGAUGAAGCUCUGAAGAAGUCGGGGGCUAGUGUUCGCGCAAUCAACUUCAUCGGCUCCCUGAUGGAGGUGGAACCAUUAAGGAGACUAACUGCCGCGCAAGCCCUCGAUCACCCUUGGAUCACAGCCGAUCAUCUCUCGCAUACGGAUACACCCAACAACACUGCUGCGAACCCAGUGCCUAAAAAUACAUCUGAUUUCCCAAAGAAGCAAAGCAGAGCAAUCAUCAUCAAGGACGCUAAUGGCGAGGUUGUUGAGUACGACAAGCGGAAGCUUCCAACACUCAGUCAGACAACACAAGCUUCCGCGCAAUGGACGCAAACCGUGCCCUCGCAUUCUGAAGAUACCCAGGCUUCCGCACAAUGGACGCAAACUGUUCCUAUGCACCCAGACAAUACCCAAGCUUCCGCGAUGUGGACUGGAACUGUCGCAAGUCCCGGAACGCAGAAAGACACCUCAACUUCCGUCUACCAGCCAACGGUCCGCCAGCGUACCGUAGAGACGGCCAUUGUCCGGAAAGAAAAGGAAGAAGAACAAGUGCCUGAUCCCGAGCAAGCUCGGAGCUCCAUCCCCUCCAGCAGGACUGAUUUAUUUCUCCGUCAACUCGACCAACGGCUCAAGACAGAUGAGGAACGCGACCUUCUAGACUCAUUCAAGCAGUUCUCGGCCGCAGAAAGGCUUCGCACUUCCGAAAGGCAAAAGGCUUUCGCGCGCGAGAACAAAGCAACCAAACUGAAUGAUUUAAGGAAAUUUAGUCGAAAUUUCAUGUUGAACACUCCUGUUCCUAGUGACCUUCUCCCUAUCCUAUCCAAAGAUGAAGAGAAGCAGAGACAAAUAAUGGCCAACGAUGAAGAGAGGCGGAGAGGGAUGGAAGCCUCUGUUAAAAGACAAGCUCCGGUUGACAAGUCGAAAACUGGGGAGAAAGACAACAUGGAUAUGAGAGUGUCACAAGAGGAGCAGAAGCAGGUUCCACCUGGAGUAUCACCAUUACCGCGACGGCAACCAUACGGUAAUGCGGCGCUACCGCCAUCCGCGAACACCAGCCGUCGACGACCACCAACAGUAGUGCGGCCUCACUCAGUAUCCGCCAGUAAACCUGCGUUACCUAGAAACCAAUUUGGACCCCAGCCCUUUAGGGUUGUUUCGGGAACACAGGUACCGGUGGAGAAAGCCCUUCACUCUCCCAGCCCAACACGGUGGGAAGAAGCGGUGCGCAGACAGGAGAUGAUUGCUGCUCAGACUUUGGUGCAGCAGCCUACGGCUGAGGCGACAAGUUCAAGCACGACAGAGGUACCUAAUACGCAAGCACGUGGCAAGAAGAAAAAGAAGAGCAAGAGUGGAGGGCAGAAAGUCGAAGGAAGAUAA